AUGGCGUCCACUUCCGCCUCUCGUUCUGCUCUCCCUGCGGCUCAGACGGCCCCGCUCGCGCAUAUUGACGUGAAGCGAUGGGAGCGAGCUAUGAAUGACGCCGAGAUCAACAAGUCAGACCUGAACGCCAUGAUUCUCGACUACCUCCUGCUCGAAGGCUUCCCCGACGCCGCGAUGGAGUUUGCGCGCGAAACCGGACUUCCCGCCGAAGUUGACCACGAGGCGAUACAGGAGCGGAUGGAGAUUCAAGAGGCCGUCGAGGAGGGACGGGUGGAAGAGGCGGUAAGGAGGGUGAACGAGCUCGAUCCAGAGAUCCUCGAUACCAACCCUCCACUCCUCUUCCAUCUGCAUCUCCUCCGCCUCAUCGAGCUUAUCCGGACGGAACAACUCGAGCCGGCUCUCGAAUUUGCGACGAACGAGCUCGCACCCCGCGGCGCUCAAAAUCCCGAAUUCCUCGCCGACCUCGAAAAGACGAUGGCUCUUCUCGCUUUCCCUGACCUCGCCAAAUUUUCGGAUGAUCAGGCUCAUCAUCCCACUUUGCCACCAGCCACCGCCGAGCUCCUCGCCGACCCCGCCUUCCUCCCCAUCAGUCAGCUGAUGCGCCGGAGUCAGCGCGUCAAGGUCGCCAAGGAGCUCAAUGCGGCCAUCCUCGAGUCGCAGGGUCUCGGGAUGGAGACGAAGCUCAGUGGGCUCGUCAGGCUUAUGAGCUGGGGGGAGGAUCGGCUGGAAAAGGCUGGACUGGCGAUCCCCGGGGGUGAAAGGGGAUGGGCGGAUGAGGUCCUGAAGGCAGAAAUGAAGUGA